AUGGGCCAAGAGGAGGAGUGGACUUACACGCACAAUGGGCCACCGGAGACAAAUCCGGCAAUUUCCCCUCAUCCCCUUGUGCACGAGUCAAAUGCAGUACUGGGAAGAAUCCGUUUAAUCCUGGAGAGUGCCGCUUCUUGCUUUGCCAGUAGUUGCGGAAUAGCUCUUAAGGACAGUGUCUGUAAGACACGACUCAGAUUUACUGUUCUCUGCAGGUGUUGCUGUCAACAGGGUUUGCCUAGCAUUAUAGAGGAGGUGGAAGAUCUGCUAGAUCUUGGAGAAUUUUGGCAUGAAGCAAAAGUCACUGAAGAAAUUACAGUAGCAGUAUGGGCAAAGUUACAACCUAAAUUACCAUAUUGUUGCAACAAUGAGCUCAUCGGCAUUGAAUCAAGAGUGCUAGAAGUGACUUCACUUUUAAAGAUUGGAUUUUGUGAUGUUCGCUUAAUAGGAAUAUGGGGAAUGCCUGGUAUUGGAAAGACAACUCUUGCGAGGAUUGUCUAUGAUAGAAUUUUUCACCAAUUUGACCUCAGUUGUUUUCUUGCUGAUAUGAAAGAAAGCUCUGAAGCCAAGGGGUUGGUUGCUUUGCAAAGGAAACUUCUCUCCAAACUCAAGAUCCAAGGCAUGGAAGUUGAUGAUACAUAUGAUGGAAAGAAUAUAAUAAGAAACCUGCUAUGCAACAAAAAAGUUCUAGUUGUCUUGGAUGAUAUAAGUGAAAUAAACCAACUAGAGGACCUUUGUAUAAGGCAGGGUUGGCUGGGUCCUGGGAGUAGAGCAAUUGUGACGACUAAAAAUAUAUGCGUGUAUGGAUAG